AUGUCAGUCGAAGCAAAAACAUUCACGAACAAAUCUAAUGGUGAAACAUUCACAAAAGGCACUUAUAACGGUAUUGAAGUCUUACGUAGAGACAAGGAUGGUUACAUUAAUGCAACAAAGAUGGCAAGAGAAGCGGGAAGGUUAAACCAUUUAAACAGAUUUCUCAAUAGUACUAAAAUGCAGGAAAUUCUUGAGUUUUGGAUGAACGAAUACGGUGGAGCCAAAAGUGGCUCGACCUCAAAACAAGCAUUUUAUGAGCUUACUAAGGGCGUUAUGA